CGCGCGUAAUUAUCCACUCACGACGGGUUUUUUCGGAUCAGUGGAGAAUUUUUCUUUGAGGCUGAGUCGCUCCGGCGAAGAUGCUGCAGCGAUCAGUACGUCUCUAGAUACGAAACCGAUCGCGCGGGCCGCCUCCAAGAUAACGUGACGUCGCGAGAGUGUUCGCAAAUUUCGGAAGAGUGCUGGGCCCAUGGUCGUCAAAUAAGCCGAAAUGCUUGAGUCCGGUGAAAUUAAGUGAAUAAUUGAACGAGUAAUUGUAGAAAUUGCGUGCGGAGAUUCAGUUGGCGAUUCGUACCGAAAUCGGGCUAAUCGUGUGCUGCUUUCCGAGUUUGAACGAGAGACUUCAGUGUGGGAUGUUUUUCUUUCUGUAUUCGGAGCAUCUCUUGCACCUUUUGAGGUCGAUUUUCUUCGGGGGAGGUCGAGUUGCGGUAGAAAAUUAACCGCGUGUGCUUGCACUUUUCGCCUGUUUAUUCUCCCGGUGCGUAGUGGCCUUCAUCUGCCAAGCCAAGGGUGUACGCCGAAGAUGCAACAGGCCUAACUAUACCGGUUUGUUUUUUUACAGUUUUUUUGUUCCGUCGUUUCGCGUUUCCCAAGUUCAAUAAACAUGUAAUGUACCCCGGCGAAGAAUCGGGUCUUCUCCCCUCUGCUUCUUCGAAGAUUUCUCUCUUUCGCUUAGACAAUCGUGACACUCACCGGUGCUGUAGCAGAACUCGGUCAUCGUCAUGUGUUUGUUGAAUGUGCGUCACCUGGAUGGAGGUUACCUGAGCAAAGCGAAGAAGAAAUAAGGCCGAAGCCAGAAGCCGGCAAACGGAAGAAAAAAAACAACGUACCAAAUUCCAAGAUCCAUCCGCGAUCAACAACAACAACAAGUCGAAGCAAAAACUGAAUACUUACAUUUAAAGUGCGCAAAGAUGCCUUUUAAAGAAGAGUUCCCGCGAAGCCAAAUGAGGCAUCUUGUCUACCAGAACCAGAAAUGAAGCUUGCAUUUGAUGCAUUGAUGGUUGACUGCAUCGAUCAAUCAGCAAAAGAAAAGUAAAUCGAUGGGAACAAAAUGCAAUUAUGAAUCGAGCUGCAUCUAUCGGAGAGCACGAAAAUUUCAGCUCAGCAAUGACGUCUAAUCGGAACCUUCUCGGAAUUCAGCGACGGCACCAAUUUAGGGUCAUCAAAUCGGCACCCGGCAGCACCUAAUAACAGUCAUCUUCCAGUGUUUUAUCAAUCCGGUCGGCAUCUUGCUUACUGUUAGGGUUGAGGGUUAAGGUUAAGGUGAGAAAUUUUUAGUGGGAGCUUACCUUGUCCGGCACAAAUGGAAGCAGAGGCUGAGCAGCUGCAAUCAUCGUCGGCGUUUAGUGAAAAGUUCGAACCGGAAGUCCUUCUGGAAUCGGUGCCACGAUAUGAUGGUUCCUGGGAAGUUCACCGAAGGACAGAAAAUUUGCCUCAAGUGAUAUCGAAUGAAUAUUGUUUAGAAAAUCGGGGGAAAAGUUUUGUGUAAAUUUCAACCGUGCCAAUAAGAGAGAAGUAAUGCAUUAAAACGAGUGAGAACGAGAUUAGUCAAAUCUGUGUCGUGUUAAGUGUUAAGUGUCUAGGUUAGGUUGCCAGUUCCAGAAUCCCCUCCCUCAUCAAAUAAUGUCACAGAGGAAGAAGAUCCUGUACGGACUGUUCGGGAUCAUCAUCGGGCUGUGUGUUGGCGCUCUCUUCCGGAACUAUCGCACCCUGGAGAUCGUGAGCAUGUGCAACUCCAUCAACAGUAUGAAACAAAAGUCCGCGCUCGAAAUCAUCGGCCUGCAUCCGUCCGAGAUGCCGGACAACUCGCAGCACAACCUAGUAUUCGUGGGCGUCAUGACUGCCAAAGAGUUCCUCGGGAGCCGUGCCAAGGCCGUGUACGACACCUGGGGCAGGAACAUUCCCGGCCGGAUUGCCUUCUUCAGCUCCGAGGAAUCGGUCGCCGACAAUCUACCUCUGGUGGCUCUCAAGGGAGUGGAUGAUCGUUAUCCACCGCAGAAGAAGAGCUUCAUGAUGCUUCACUACAUGUACGAGCAUUACAUCGACAGAUUCGAGUGGUUUGCUCGAGCGGAUGAUGACGUCUUCAUCCGGACUGACAAGUUGGAGCUGUUUUUGAGAUCGAUCGAUAGCUCGAAGCCCCAGUUUAUUGGGCAAGCUGGCCGAGGAAACAGUGAAGAGUUUGGGCUACUCUCGUUGGAGUUCGAUGAGAAUUUCUGCAUGGGUGGCCCUGGGGUUAUUAUGAGCCGCGAAACUUUAAGGAGGGUGGCUCCUCACAUUCCAACUUGCCUCAAGAACCUCUACAGCACUCAUGAAGAUGUAGAAGUGGGUCGAUGUGUUCAAAAAUUUGCCGGUAUCCCGUGUACCUGGAAUUAUGAGAUGCAAUCAAUCCUGCACCACAACUCCAGCGGCAGCCGAGCGUUUUCGGGCAACCUUAAGAACAAGGAAGUCCACAGUGCCAUCACCCUGCAUCCGGUGAAGAAACCGGCCUUCAUGUACCGGCUGCACGCCUACACGCUGGGACUCAAGGCCCAAGAGCUCCGGCAGCACUCGCUGCUCCUGCAUCGGGACAUCGCCCAGAUGACGUCGCUGCUGCAGAUCCCCAAAAUCAACAAAAACCUCGCCCCCGGGGUCCCAAUUUUCCCCCUGGACGCUAGCAGCCCCGACUAUCUAGGGGAUCAUAACGUUCUAGGUUCGACGCCAGAUCUCAACCGGCAGAGGCCGUCCCAUCUAGACGAGGUGAUUGAGUGGGACUUCAUAGCCAAGAGCCUGUAUUCGGGCCGUCAUCCUAACCCGAAGCGAAGGAUCGAGUCCAGCCUGAAGGAGGGCUUAAACGAUGUGGUUCGGGAGAUCAUGGAACACAUCAACAACUUCUCCCGGCAGCGAGGUCGGGUUAUCGAGUUCCGGGAGCUCCUCUACGGGUACAUGAGGGUCAACAGUUUGUAUGGGCAGGAUCUGAUUCUAGACCUGUUGCUAGUAUACAAAAAGUAUCGGGGGAAGAAGAUGACUGUCCCCGUUCGGAGGCAUCUGUACAUUCAGCGAUCCUUCACGGAUAUUCGGGUCCGGGAGAUCUCUGACGGAGUCAUACCUGCCCAUGCCGUGACGCUCGAUCGACGGUUAGGUCUCGAAGGGAAUGUCACAGUAUCGUGGAACAGUACCACAGGAUUGAAUCGCAUGAGAUCCUUCCUGAACAACGGCUUGCAGAAGCUGACCGACACCUUUGCCAUCAACAACCUGCCUCAGCCAGAGGCUCGAAAAGAUAGAAUUGUAUUUGUUAUACCGCUCGCUGGUCGAUCGGAAACCUUCAUGAGAUUCCUUAGAAACUUUGAGCUGGUAGCUCUACAGCACGAUCGUCGGACCGAUCUGCUGGUCUCGAUGUACGUUGAUCCCUCUGAGUCCCCUCUGAUAGCGGGACUCCUUGACAAACUGGGUCAAAGAUACCCCAACAACAGGAUUAACUACCUCCAGCUGUACGGGAACUUCUCUCGGGGAGUCGCUCUAGAUCGUGCCAUCAAAAGUCCGUUCUGUAAACAGAACGAUAUCCUGUUCUUCAUCGAUGUAGAUAUGAUUUUCAAUCAGCAAACACUGGACCGGAUACGGGCCAACGUGAUCCGGAACCGGCAGGUUUACAUGCCUAUCGUAUUCAGCGAGUACGAUCCCCAUCCAAAUCCUCUCGGACAAAGCUCUCAAACCAAACCCAUUACGACCGAGUACUUCAAUCGAAGCCACUCAAGUCAGGACUUCACCACCAGCUACUCGGUCACAAACUCCAAUGGAUACUUCCGCCAAUUUGGCUACGGCCUGGCCGGAAUCUACAAAUCCGACAUCCUCCGGCCGGAUAUCGGUGGCUUCAACACCGACAUAAACGGCUGGGGUCUCGAGGAUGUCAAAUUUCUCGAAAACAUUAUCGCUGCCAACCUCAAACGCACCAGCCAACGGUUGCUGGAUGUGGCCGAUGGGAAAAUCGAUCCGUUUCAGGAUCACCAUAACCCUCCAAACCAACCCCAAGAUCCACCAAUACAACAGGAGCUGGUGGUAUUCCGGGCACCGGAUCCCUCGCUGGUGCACAUCUUCCAUCCGAUUCACUGUGAUAGAAAUCUGGAAGAGUCCCAGUAUAAAAUGUGUCUCGGAACGAAGGCCAACACCCUCGGGAGCUUCCGCAGCCUGGAGAGUAGAUUCGUGCAGAACCGGGAGCUGCUACUCUACGGAAAACGGCGGGGAAAAGGCAACCGGUAGCCAGGCUUGCCGGCUGGCAGGAGCAAACAUCAACGGCGAUAUUCAAGACAAUUUCAGUUACAACUAAGCUUGCAUGUAAGAUGUUAGAUUCGAAUAAAAUUGACUGAUAUGAA